GUAGUUUAUAAAGUGGAAAUUGUACUUGAAUUAAAUAUUAAAUAGAAUAUAAUACAAAUGGAGAAAUUCAAGGGAUCAUUCUGCAGGCUAUGCCUCAAUAACGAAAAUGAUGCAAGUUUCAAGAUAAUAGAUGAAACCAUUAAAGAAGUUUUAGACAUUCUUCUCCCGAAAUUAUGGGUAGAAGAAAAUAACUCCAUUAUAUGCAACGUCUGUUGCACGAAACUAUUUGCGGCAUUUCAUUUUAAAGCCAUCUGUAUGGACACCGAGGACAUUAUUUUUCCUUAUAUUAGUUCCAAAGAUACAGCUUCAGUUGAUCUAAGAGAGGUUUACUUGAAGGAAAAGGAUAAAGAACAAUUAGGAAAUAUAUUGCAAGAUGAGAAAAUUUGUCGAUUAUGUAUGCAGAUAGUCUCAUGUGGAUUUACAUCCGUAAAAGAAGUGAAGGCCGACGUAUUUCUUAAUUAUAUUCCACAAGUUAACUUUAUCUCCACGAAAGACCCGGUUAUAUGUUCGAUCUGCCUUGAUUCGUUAAGUACCCACAGUAGCUUUUUAAAGGACUGUUCGGAUAUACAGGAGCAAAUCAGAAAUGUUAGUGACGAAAGAGAAAUUUUCUUUUAUAUUAAAAAUGAACAGAUUGAAAUAAAAUCUGAACAAAUUGAGGAUGGGUAA